CCAGUCUGUGUUGGAGGUACAAAUCCUCAGUGGGGACCAUUUUCUGCAAAUGAGAAGAGCUGAGAAGACUAUCCUGGCUGUAGAACUGAGGGAACUUUGAAGAUGAAGUUAUCCUUUAACAUCCUUUUCUUUGGGUGGUGGUUGGCCAGUCAGUGUUGGACUUCUAGAGGCCAAACUCUUCCCAAGCCUUUGAUAUCUGCCAACUUCAGUGGGACAGUUGCUUUGGGUGAAGGCGUCACCAUCGUCUGCAGGACUGAGUAUAAUUUUCAUGGAAUGUUCUAUCUCACCAGAUAUACAAGUUAUACAAUGGAAACUAAGGCACGUAAGCAGGCACAAUCCAAUCAGGCUGCAUUUUUCUUGUCCCCUCUCACCCAGUCACACGAGGGCAAAUACGACUGCAGAUCAUGCCUGGAUGGAAGGGAAUGUUCAGACUUCAGCAAUAAAAUCUAUCUGAACCUAACAGAUUCCAGCCUGAACAAGCCUACCAUCCAGAUUUUAAAUGUAAAAAAACAUCCAUACUUCACCAUACGGUGUGAAGGGAUAGAACAAGAUCUGACUUUUGCUCUUCUGAAAUCAAAAAAGCAGAUAGAUUACAAGGCUGCAGAGUCAGGGGGAAAGACAGUGGAUUUUUUUCUCUACUGGAAGAGGUUGGAAGAGGCACAAAGUUAUACCUGCCAGUACCACCAAGAAAGCAAUCCCUUUCUCUGGUCAGUGCCAAGUGAACCACUGGAGCUGCCUUUGAGAGAUCCUGAGAUAAUGAAUCCCACCAUGGAGACGACACCUGGAAAACCCAAUGCUUCAGAUAUUCUUAGCCCAUAUUUAUGGGCAGGCAUUGGGGUGAGCGCUUUCCUGGUUGUGUUGCCGCUGACUGUGGUAUUGUACAGGAAAAGGAGAAAAAAUUCCAAAACCAGUAAAGAUAACCCAGCAAUGAAUCUGUCCUCUGCUGCUGAAGAACAUCCGGAUGAAGUCUCCUAUGCUAUUUUGAAUCACCAGCCGCGGAAUACCCAACAGGCAACCAAUCCUUGGCAAACCCCUGAACCUUGCUUAUAUGCAUCAGUGUCAUAGGACCUUGGGAGACUCCUGAGUCAAAUACAAGCAAGAAUACCUUAUUUUUAUUCCCCCCCCCAUGUGUAAAUUAUAGAUGCCCUGUGUAAGGACCAGAUCAUACUGGGGGCUCCAGAAAUGAGAUCGUCAGGAUGCUCUUAAAACUAUGGUACUUAGGACAAUGGUGGAGCCUUUAGCAAUGAGGCUCCUGCUCUUCACUCUCAUGUCACUCUCGCCAUCCAUCAUCAUCCAAAGCCGAAGGAAUUUGUGGACAUUGAAAUCUACUCCUGAUCUGUAACAAUGGUUCCUUCCUACAUGCUCUUAGUCAAUAUUUGAAUUACAGGCAAUCCUCAAUUUACAACCGGUUGCUUAGCAACCAUUCGAGGUUACAACAAGGAUUGUCCCAAGCAUUACUUACAACCGGAUUCAAAGUUCCAAUGGUUGGGCUCACUCUGUGUUCGGAUGGCUGAAUUUUGGACGCCUGGCAACAUGGCUGCAUCUAGAGCUAUUUGUAGUUUCCCAUAGUUAUGUGACGGUGUUUUGUAUCAGUUCUGCCAAAGCCAGCACUUCCAGUUUUUGGCAAAACCGUGUCCUUAGUGAACCUUUGGUGAUGAGGUUCAUUUAACAGUCACCGCAGAAACAGGUUGUAAAAUUGAGUCAGCCCAUUUUGUAACUAUUACCACUUAUGGCUGUAAUGGGCAGGCUCCGUCAUAUGUCAAGGACCACGGGUAGUCUUUUUUUUCAAUACAAGUAGUCCUCAAUUUACCACCACAAUUGAGCCUUAAAAAAAAUAAGAGAGUUAAGUGAGUUUU